AUGCACGAUCAAGAGAAGGCAGGGGGUCUUGGGAAAGGAUAUGCUCUUCGAUGGGUAUGUUGCCUACCUUACAAACUUCGAGAUCAACUCAACCUUGAAGUCUCUCACAUAGUAUUUCCCCCAAGCGUCAAAGAGAUCAAGGCAGCUGGUGUUAAAUUCAUUGCAAUUGAAAGUGAGAGUAUACUCGACAUUGAAUUUUCGGAAGGAAUGUUACGAAUACCUACAUUAGUAAUUCAAGAAAACACGGAGGCUGUACUUCGGAGCAUAGUAUUUUUCGAGCAAUGCCACCAUUACUACAACUCUUAUUUCAUCGACUAUGUAUUCUUCCUCGAUGCUUUGAUUGACACUUCUGAAGAUGUUCGAGUACUAGUUCAACAUGGAAUAAUCAAACAUUGUCUAGGAAGUGAUGAGGAGGUAGCAAAUUUGGUGAACCAAAUCACCAAAUGCAUAUUGAUUUAUAAUCCCAAUUUCUACUAUGCUGAUAUUAGUCGAGAUUUGAAUGCGUAUACUGCUAUGAGGUGGAAUAAAUGGAAAGCCAUAUUGAGGAGAGAUUACUUUAAUCAUCCAUGGUCAAUCAUUUCUGUGAUCUAUUUGGUGUUCCUACUUAUUCUCACAGUGCUGCAGGUUUAUACUGGUUUUAGGGGAUAG